UUAAGUUGCUAGCUAAAGAAUAAAAGAAAGAGCCCUAUUUAAUUGAGAGGGAAAUGGCCUCAGUAAGUACAUUAUUCAUAACUCCUGCAGUAAGCACUAAGGGCUUUUGCAGAAGCACACAUAAUUAAGCAACCUCCACAAUUUCAAAAGCCAAAAAGCAAAUUCAGACUAAAAUCUAUAAUCUCCCUACUUUAUAUCCACCACCUGCAUUUCCUUUUGCAACUCUCAAAAACAACACAUUGGUCCCACUGCCCCUCUAUCAAAAGCUUUUUUUUUUCAUAGGCACAUUCUUUAGUCCACUAACUGAGUUAUUUAAACAAACCACCUCCUUACUCCCCACCUUCUUUCUCAUUACUUAGCUCAGAAGUUGUUCCCCAAAGCACUUUAGUCUCAAAAUGAAUUCCCUUCCUCCCCCGCCUUCUCCAUCCCUUUCACCAUCAACACCACUUACGCUGCCUCCACCUCCUCCACCCCUUUCACCACCAACACCACUUAUGCCACCACCUGGAAGGCAGGACUCUCAAGCUCAUCUAAAUCAAGUUAUGAUCUCUAAGUCAUCUAUAACAAAACAACAUAGUCCAAAAUUAGCUGCACAAAAUCCUGACAUCACAACAACAACCAAGGCACCAAUACUCCAUCACCUUCGUCCUCGUCGCACCAACCUUUUUAUAUGGUUUGGUGCAGCUUUUUGCCUCUUAUUUAGUCUUCUUCUCAUAUUCUUUGGUAUCACAACUCUGAUUAUAUUCUUGGUUGUUAAACCAAGAAGCCCUGUGUUUGACACUCCCAGUGCUACUCUCAGCACCAUCUACUUUGACUCACCAGAGUAUUUCAAUGGUGACUUAACCUUCCUGGCAAAUUUUUCCAACCCAAAUCGGAAAAUUGGUGUGAGAUUUGAGUAUUUGGAAAUAGAGCUUUACUUCUUUGACAAGCUGAUCUCUACUCAGAUUAUGCAGCCUUUUAGCCAGCAACCUGGGGAAAAAAGGUUAGCAUCAGUUCACAUGAUAUCAAGCUUGGUUUAUAUACCACAAAAUUUUGGUGUGGAACUUCGGAAGCAGGUGCUGAGCAACCGGAUUAAGUAUAACAUAAGAGCAAGUUUUAAGGUGAAAGCGGGAUUCGGUGCAUUUCAUUAUUCUUACUGGCUGCAUAGCAGAUGCCAGAUAGAGAUGACAGGUCCACCAACUGGUGUGCUAGUUGCUCAUAAUUGCAGAACAAAGCGAUGAUAAUGCAGAAACAUGUUUUGACUCUGUUGUAUUCACCUUUUUAUGUCAGAUAUUAGAGCAAUUAAAAUAAUUUUGAAGUAAA